CUACUUUCAAUGUUCAAUAUUAGAUACAAUGCCACUAUUUCAGGUUAUAACAUUAAAGAAUGGCAGAUUCACCUUCCCCCAAAAAACGUUGUUUUCCUGGCAGUCCUUCUGCAACAACUUCUAUGCCCGAAGAUCUUCAUGGCUAUAUUGUUGAUGUCUCGAAAGUCAUUACAAGCAGUUCUGGAAAGGAUUAUUUUGAUGUGAAACUAAAAACUUCACCAAGUGAAUUUGCAGUUAUCAGAAUUAUGAUAAAGUCAAAUCCAUCAAUCAACAAGUCAAUGUUUUUACAGCGUUUGAAGUCUGGUGAGCCAACUACAUUCAAGAAUAUAGAGUCCGGAAAGUUGGGGAUUGGAUUUUAUAAUUCUUUUAGAGGUUCCACAUUUUCAAAUGGGGCUUCGCAAGUGCAUUUCAAAAUUGAUCAGGCUGAAAAUCUGUCUAUUGCUGAUUUAAAGACAAAAACUGCUGGUGUUUAUACAGUUACUGGUGUAAUCAAAUGGUUGUCUGCUGCAAAAGAAACUCGACGAUUUCCAGAAGCAUCACCAAGCAAGAAUACAGCACAAUCUUCUCGCAAAGUUAGAGAGGCAAUAAUAGCUGACAACACUGGUCAUAUUCAGAUAUCAGUUUGGGAAGAACAUUUUGAAUCCAUCAAGGAGAAUAAGUUCUAUCAGUUGAGUGAUGUCUCUGUUAAGUAUUUUUAUGGUUAUAAGCUGACUACCAGGAGAGAAACACAUGUAACAGAAUUGGAGACAUCAGAAAAAUUUGACUGGUCAACUGUAGAUAUUGAUGAUUAUGUGCAGAGAGAAAAUGAUGCCCUUAAAGCUACAUCUCCAGUUAUCUGUUGCCCACAAAUUAUGGCAGUAAUGGUAAAUAUUAGCCCAGUCUGCACAAAUGGUAACUGCUCUGGGAAUAUUGAAUUUGAAGCUGGCAGUAAAUUAGCCAAUUGUCUUUCUUGUAAGAAGAGAAUGCUGUUGAAGAAUUGUCCAAAGUUAUUCCAAUGUGUGAUAGAUAUUACACAGGAGGGGGUAACAAAAAGCAUAACUGCAUCUGAAGCUGUGGUUGCAGAAUUUUUCAAAGAAGACCAGUUACUUUCAAAAUAUCACUCAGCACCCCAGUCUCUUGAAGAUAAAAUUUUGAUGCUGGAGAAUAUUGAUUUCCAUCUCACUUCCAGAAAUACCAUUACUCGCAUGGAAGCCCAUGCAUAACAUUUUUUGUAUUUCUCAUUUCAAUUUCAUAAUAUUACAUAUUUGUGUUUAGAAGGCACACUUUAUUACAUAAAGAGAAAUUGGCGUUAUGUUGGUGUUAUGUUAUUGUUAUACAUAUAUAUAUAUUAUGUUAUUGUUAUACAUAUAUGUUAUACCCAUGUUAUCUUAUUAUUACAUGUAUUGGACAUUCUUAGUUAUGCUUGUUUUUUAACUAUUACAAAGUUUAGUUGUUCAAGUUAAUUUUGUCAUAUUUGCAAAGUUGUGGCACAUCAGGUUUUCAAAUAAUAGUUAAUGACCUUUCAAACAAGCCUUCUCUCCACUGGUGCUGUGGCCAUCUCUUGCAACAGUUUCUACUGUGUUCUUGAUGUCAACAUACAUAUUCUAGUUCAAUUUCAAAAGAAAAAUUACUUUAGACCAUCAAAAUCGCCCCCGACUUUUAACAUUCUAAUGAUACCACAUUUACCAAAUGUAUCCAUUACCAAUUACAACAGCAUUGCUUUCUUGUUCCAGGGCUGCCAAUAUAUCACCUACAAUCACUAGACAACUUAAUAUGAGCUUCAGCUUCCUUUUUCUUAUCAAAUUUGUACAAUGCUUUCAUUCCAUAGAGUUUCUUUAGGCAGAGUAUCUUUCAUUGUUUGGCAGGAACAGUAUCUUUCUGUGUUUCCAUGCCUUUCUCUGGUACUCCCUUAACACCAACUGCAGCCUUACUGGUGAGGUACCCACGCAUAGAACAAAGUACCUAUUAUUAUUAACAACAGUUUAGUUGCAUUCUUUAAUCUUUUCUGUAAUGUUAAUAAUGUUUGGUUACUGUUUUAAACAAUUUAUUUUUGCUUCCUUUUCUUGACAUCCCCCCAUGAUUGUACCUGGUGUUCUCAAAUUCUCAAGUAUUAUCAUUCCCAAAGUAUUUUUUGACAAAACCAAUGCUAUUGUUGUGAAGGAGAAACAUCGGGUUAAUCCUUUCACAAGUGCCGAGACCUCGAAGUCGGAUAAUGUAAUUAUGAGUCAGUUGUUCACGCUUGAUGUUAGAAAUGGUUAUAAGCUCGCUAGUAUACGCUGAAUACGUUGAUUGUAAAUAGUUUGAUUCUGUUCCUGUUUGUGAAAACCCAAGAUUGUGUCUUCUUCGAAUGUCCUGACCUAAAUCUUCAAAACAAUCAUCAUCAAGGAACUAAUUGUUUGCGGGCAGUACUAGCAAGAGCUAUUUCUAGUAUAUACUGCAUGCCGUUUUGCAUCAGAAUGUAUCACCUUAUCUCAACAAAGAAGGACUACGCUUCCUGCAGGCAAGAAAGAAAGGACUGAUGACAGAGCUUGACAAGUCAAAGAGACAAUAGUUCACAGAAACGAUGCAAAAAACGGCCCUAAUGAAUUUUUGUCAAAAGACAUGGCCUUCUAUUUUGAUAGGUGUGACUUUAUUUACAAACGAAACCAUCUUGACCAGGCCUUGGCCCCAAGAGGCCGUGUUUGGCCCAAAAACGCGAGGGCCGUAAUCAAGACUGUGCUGGCAAAAGGCAGGCCUAUGGCGCGGGGCAAAUACAUGAAAAUGAUUGUUGUUAUUAGCUAUGGCAAGGAGGUUAUUUGUUGCCAGAGGUAUGUUUUUGCAUCGUUUUUGCAAUGAAGCUUUGAAAUGAUGUUCAAAAAAGCAUACAAAAAUACUAGGAUCUGGUUUCAAAGAUGAUGACCCUUCUCAAAAUAGUAAGCAAGCCAAAGAGAUCAUGAAGAAAUUAGAUUCAGAACUACUGUCAAUUCCAUGUCGAAGUCCUGAUCUGAAUUUUUCUUUGUAUAAAAAAUCAAGAUUUGCGAUUCGGAAUUAUUUAAAGUGCCUAUCAGGUCAGCUCAAAAUUUUUCCAUAAGCAUUAACUGACUUAAAUUAAGGCCAAGUAUUAAUUUUGGCAACUUUAAGCAUUUUUAACCAUAACAGUCUUGAUAUACCCUCAAGAAAGGGGUUUGAAAAUGCAACAUUUUGUGUAAUGUUGCGCAAAACGGAGACUGGGUCCGGAAUGAUGCUGACUUCUGCCCCAUUUUGCAAGAACUCCUUAAAGCUGAAUUCACACUAGAUGCGUCGUGGCCCGUCGCGUCGCGGCACAGCGCAUGGCGGCACGGCGCAUUGCGGCACGGCGCAUUGCGGCAUGUAGCAUUUGAUGAAAAUCGCAUUAAUUUGUUCAGAUCUGAUGCGUCACAUAUGGUCACAUUGCUCUGCGUUUUCAUGACAGAAUUAAAAUAGUGUCCAGCGAGACAUGCUGCUUGCUUUAGCAUUACAGACUCAAGCUAUUGCCGCAACUUUGCUGAAAAGAAAGGAAAAGAAAACGCACUCAGUUUGGGUAAGAAAACUUUGGAAAAAUCGAGAGCAGCAAGGUCAUUACAACAAUCUGAAAGCUGAGAUGACUGGUGAGUCACAGGCAUCUCUUUCGUACAACUAUAGGAUUGGGAGGUCUACAUUAUGUGACAUUUUAAACGAAGUGCCAGACAAAAUUUGGUGUGCAUUGAGCCUCAUUGCAGUGGCUGCACCAAGAUCUCAAGAUGACUGGAGAAAACUUGCAAAUGAUAUUUGGAAUUUAUGGGGGUUUCUUUUGUGUCUUGGAGCCAUCGAUGGAAAGCACUGUGUCAUCAAUUGCCCUCCAAAUUCAGGCACUUCCUUUUACAAUUAUAAAGGAACUUUCAGCAUCGUUUUGAUGGCAGUAUCUGAUGCCAGCUACAUUUUUACUUACGUUGAUAUUGGAGACUACGGGAGGCAAAAUGACUCUAGUGUUUUUAAUAACUCUUCAUUUGGUGAUACACUGAAUAAUGGGAAUCUUAAUAUCCCAACUGAUGAUUUCCUACCAAAUACAAGAACAAGGGCAAGAUUCUGCUUUGUAGCUGAUGAAGCUUUUCCUCUUAAAGAAACAAUUCAAUGGCCUUAUCCUGGGAAAAAAUUAACAGAAAAGCUUGGAAUAUUUAAUUACCGAUUAUCUCGGGCAAGACGGGUAUUUGAAAAUGCGUUUGGCAUUUUAUCUGGCAGAUUGAGGUUUUUGAGAGCCCCAAUACAGGCCCAGCCAGAUAAAGCAGCAAAGAAUGUUCUCGCAGCCAUUGCCCUCCAUAACUGGCUAAAAAAGCAUGAUGAUUCCCAGAAAUCAUACCGACGCCUAUAUUGCCCAGUUGGGUAUGUUGACUACGACGACAGCCAUGGAAUCGUUCAUAAAGGGAUUUGGAGAUCCGAAGUUUCAGAAGCUGGUGCCCUGGCUGAUAUCACUCAAAUGGGGUCGAACAACUACCCAAAAACAGCAGAGAGAUUUUGUGCUUUGAUGGCCGACUUUUUUGUAUCUCCACAAGGCGAACUUCUGUGGCAGUACACUUAUGUUAGAAGGACUUCAUAUGAGCCAGUUCAUUAGGCUACAGUUAUAUCUUGAUAAUUUUUCAUUUUAUUAUAUUUCUACUUAUUUAAGAAUUAAAAUAUAUAUAUGUAUAUAUAUUUUCGAAUUGGUUGUCCUUUUUACGUUAGAAAGAAUUUUUAUUGCGUGAGAAAAUUCACCAGAUUUUCCUAGCCACUCCAUUAUUGCACGUUUCUUUCAAAUAGCACAAAGAGCAUUAAAAACACCUCAUUAACUAGGUCAUUAGUGACAGAUCCAUACAAACAUUACACAAAUAGCAUGUUCGUAUGAAAUUACACAGCCUACAAGUCAUGAAUGUUAUUUGCACGCGAGAAAAACCUGUAUGAUGAAAAUAUGAAAAGGGGUGAACAUUGAAAAAGUUAAUUUUUUUUAAUUGCAAAUAAUUUCAUUUUCCAUUGGAUUGGCUUUGUUGAGCGCUUCACAGAUUAGAAUAAAACAAUUCUUCCCCAAAAGACCUUUUUUACUUGAGUAACGUAAUUUUCAUCAUUUGUCAUGGAAUGGAUUACUCAAAUAUUCUUAAUUUUUAGUGUCGUCAAAAAAACACGAG